ACAAACAAGGAGGGGGUGGGGGAAGAAGGAAGGAGCUUAAGACACUCCGGGAGAGUAGCGCGCACCCUCCCAUUUUGGGCUCGCGCCGCUGCCGUUAAGGCGGGAACCGGCGUUAUCUCUAUUCCAGCGCAAGCCACACCAACCACCGUGCGCGUGGAUCCGCAGGCUCGCGCUGGCGGCCUGAGAGAGCUCGCGCCGAGCCCGGACACUGCGCCUGCGCCGCGGCGGAGACUCGUCUCUACCGGGUCCGCUCCCCUCCGACACCUCGGCAACGCUGACUUCUCACCCCUUUGAGCCGCUUGACCAGGGCACUCUUCUGCCCGCUCUUGGCUAGGCCUCGCUGCUCCAGUGCGGCCUUCAGGUCGGUCACCCGCAGAGCCUGAAGAGGCUUCCCGUCCAGAGUCACCUCCUCCAGCUCCGCCAUCUUGCGUGAGGUACUCGGGUCCGUCCCGACGGCUUCGGGCAUCUUCGGAUGCCACUGGAAUCAUCUUCCUCGUCAGUGCCACCAUCCUGCCCUUCUCUGUUACCUGCAGUGCCAGACGACAUUAACAGAGCUUCCCCUCCUCCAAUGUCUUACAUCACUUCCCAUGAGAUGAAGUGUAUUCUUCACUGGUUCGCCAGUUGGUCAGGUCCCCAGCGGGAACGUUUUCUUCAGGACCUGGUUGCUAAGGCAGUGCCUGGGAAGCUGCAGCCUCUGCUGGAUGGCCUGGAGCAGCUCAGUGUGUCCGCGGCAAACCGACCGCCUUGUAUCUUUGAGUGCCAGCUGCGUCUUUGGGAUCAGUGGUUUCGAGGCUGGGCCGAGCAGGAGCGCAAUGAAUUUGUUAGACAGCUGGAGGUCAGUGAACCAGAUUUCGUGGCAAAGUUUUACCAAGCAGUGGCUGCCACUGCUGGUAAAGACUGAUAGGCAUUCAGGUCGAGAAGAUAACUCCAUGUGAUCUAGCCAAAGACCAUGACUGUAGUGAAGAUUCAGUGCACCUGCUGGGGUCAUGGUGUGCCUUUUCUUCCAGCACCAGGAGGCGGAGGCAGCCUGGUCUACAGAUCAAGUUCCGAGCCAGUCAGUGCUACAAAGUGAGACCCUGCCUUAUGGGAAAAAAUUGCUUGAACUUCAUGAUGAGUCCCAGCACUGUUUUUAACUUCGUAAUAUGUCACCUGAACUCUGUAAAUGUGAUCCGUUUAAACAAAUCUGAUUAUGUCAGGCACUUGCUUUAUUUACAGGAGAUGUCUAAAUCUCAAGAGUUUAAUGACUUGUUACUAUAAC